GUCAGCAGCCUAACAACGUGGAGGAGAGGAUGUGGGUAUGCUGACAUCUGCAAGCCAGAGGUUUGACUGGAAGAAGAACCGCAGUCUGGCUGACGAACACGGGACUACACCGGCCUUAGCAACGUCAGAGGAAACUCCUCGACAUGUAACUUGUUUUGAAGAGCCUUGUGUCCUGUAGGGCACCCCGAAGCUUCCGUUGGGCUUUCCGUCAUGAGGGGGCGCUUCUCUCGAAAACUUGUUACUUUGGCCAAGGCUGGCUUCAUGCUCUGGGUGCUGUGGUUGGGCUACCUUCUGUUGACGGCCACCCAUUACCCCCCGCCUUCUUCUCUAGAGGAGGACGAGAAGGAGCACAAUGUUCAUGCGAGACAUGUCGCCAUAGAGGAGAGCGGGGCUGAUGGACAGCUGGCUAGGCCCCUCUAUGUUAAGCCAUCACCAGACAGCAACGCGCCGGGGGAAUGGGGUCGGGCCACGCACCUCACCCUCAGUCCAGAAGAAAAGAAACAGGAGCAGGACAGCGUGGAGCGCUAUGCUAUCAAUAUCUAUGCCAGCGAUAAGAUUUCCCUCCAUCGGCACAUCCAGGACAGCAGGAUGAAUGAAUGCCGAACUAAGAAGUUUGACUACCGGCGUUUACCCACAACCUCUGUGAUCAUAGCGUUCUACAACGAGGCCUGGUCCACCCUGCUGAGGACGAUUCACAGCGUCCUGGAGACCACGCCUGCCAUCCUGUUGAAAGAGAUCAUCCUCAUCGAUGACUUCAGUGACCGAGGAUACCUGAAAUCCAAACUAGCUGACUACCUCAGUAAACUGAAUCGCGUGCGGCUCAUUCGCCCCAACAAAAGGGAGGGUCUGGUCCGGGCACGUCUCAUCGGUGCCACCUAUGCCACGGGGGAUGUACUGACAUUUCUGGAUUGCCACUGUGAGUGUGUCCCUGGCUGGAUUGAGCCUCUGCUGGAAAGGAUCAGUGAGAACGCCAGUACCAUUGUGUGCCCUGUGAUCGACACCAUUGACUGGAACACCUUUGAGUUUUACACGCAAACGGAUGAGCCGAUGAUCGGAGGCUUUGACUGGAGACUCACCUUUCAGUGGCACUCUGUUCCCGAAGUGGAACGCAAGAGGCGCAAGUCUCGCAGUGACCCCAUCAGGUCUCCGACAAUGGCAGGUGGAUUAUUUGCUGUGAGCAAGGCCUACUUUGAGUAUCUGGGCACAUAUGACACGGGCAUGGAGGUGUGGGGAGGAGAAAACCUGGAGCUCUCCUUCAGGGUGUGGCAGUGCGGAGGGAGCCUGGAGAUUCACCCCUGCUCUCAUGUGGGCCACGUGUUCCCUAAAAAGGCCCCUUAUGCACGGCCCAACUUCCUCCAGAAUACCGUACGAGCUGCAGAGGUUUGGAUGGACUCUUAUAAGAAUCACUUCUACAACAGGAAUCCCCCGGCCAGAAAGGAGACCUUUGGGGAUAUCUCAGAGCGGCUGCUGCUGAGGGAUAGGCUGAAAUGCAACAGUUUUGACUGGUAUCUGAAGAAUAUCUAUCCCGAUCUACACGUACCUGAGGACAAGGAGGGCUGGCAUGGGGCUAUACGUAGCUCAGGGAUACACUCCGAAUGUCUGGACUACAACUCCCCAGAGCACAGUCCCACAGGCGCCCACCUUUCUCUGUUUGGCUGCCACGGCCAGGGAGGCAACCAGUACUUUGAAUACACAAGUCAAAAGGAGAUCCGUUUCAACUCGGUGACAGAACUGUGUGCUGAAGUAACAGAGGGGCAGGCCUCCAUCGGUAUGAGGCACUGCCCUAGUGAUGGGGAGCUCAAACCCACCAGCAUCACCUGGGACUUCAGAAAGGAUGGGACCAUCUACCACUCUCAAUCAGACAUGUGUAUGACGGCCUACCGCACGCCAGAGGGCCGCACGGACACCCAGAUGAGGCGUUGCACCCCGGGAGACAAAAAUCAGCAGUGGAAGUUCGAGUGGUAGGAGGAGGAGGAGGAAGAAGAGAAAGUAGCAGGAAACCUCAAGUGACCUUUUUUUUUUACCAUAGUGCAAUUACUACAGUGGAUGUCUUCUCUCCAAGACUGCUCUCCAUUUGAAUGGGAAACGGUGAGCAAUUGAAAGGCGGUGAAACAGUCACUUUAAGCCAAUGAAUCACCCAAUUCAGAGCUUUUAUACCCAUGUGAAUGACUGAAUAAGUGCAGAUAGCGGCAGAGUGAAUGAGAAUCGUAAGGCAAAGGUUUAUUUGGUCUUUUUGAGGAGACCGGCUGACCUCGAGACUUUUACUCUCGAGUUUGCUUUCAUCCAAGUGCCUCUGCAACCAAAAAUGGAGUCAAGCGCACAUCUGAAGUGUCAUUAAUGUCACGUGCUCUUUCUAUCUAAUGCAACGAAGUGAAGGGCAGUAAAACUGAUUCGAACUGUCCAGCGCAUGAAGAAGUGCCUUUUCAAAGAGAUUGAAGCAUUUCCUAGAAAACGACACGCUGCACUACAAAAAUAAUGUUACCUUGAUGUGCAAUUAAUAUGAAUUUAUUAUUGUUAAAUCCUCAUGAUUGUUUGUUGAGUUGUCAAAAAUAAUUUUAAAAGACGGGCUUCUCAAAGAAGACGCGCCAGGGAAUGUAAGGUCAGCAGCAUUUUGCCCCAAACCAGCUACUUCCUAACAUCACGUGAGAGGAAAACGGGCAGAGAGCACUGCGGUCAUACUACACUGCUUCUCAAUUCCAUCUCGUGCCUGUGGAGCCAGUUUCAUGGUAGAGUGCUGCCCGAACAUGACUUGAAGCAUUCAUUAAGCAUUUUGUACUAAGUGCAAGUUGCCCCAGAGGGUUCAGUGAGUUGACGGGAAUGUUGUAAUCGAUUCUUCCUCGUCGUGUAAAGUUAAGAAUACUGACUAAACUCAUCUGUCACUGUGCCUUUGAAAGGUUGUCAUCCAUAAAGUGCCGAAAUGAAACGUGCCAGCGGAUCUCAAAUGUAUUUAGAAAUGUGUUUAAAUGUUAAAAACAACACUGGCUUGAUGCACUAUUUCGACACAAGAAGCCUUAAAGGGAGCGCCUGUUUUUUUAAUCCUUCAACUUGGCAGUGCCAGACUGUUUGUGUUAUGACUCCUGUGUGUGUAAACCGUACUUGAAGCAGCAAAAAAAACACUCCUACUUUGUUUUUUUCCACUAAAGACCUGUUAGUGUUUCUACUGGGAUUCAAUGACCAAGAAAUGCAUUGUAACUGUUGGUGAAAUGUUUGUCGAGUAGCAGCUGUAUUUGCCGGAGACUGCUUAUCGCUGAGCAAUGUUUGGCAUCUGCAGUCCUUUGAAAUCAUGAAUAUGAGAUACCAGUCAAUUGAGGUAAACAUGUAAGACGACGCCUGUUUUGUGUUUCCUUUGUAAAUAAUGUUUUGGUUUAAGGGACCAGAGUGGGACAGUGCUGUCGUAAAGCACCUUUAAAACUACUGAUAAUGCAAAAGGGAUGGUGGUGAUGAUGAUUACUUGAUAUGAAGAAGAGGGUGAAUGAAAUGGGAUGGAUGUUUCAGUGAUGAUUAAAUCUGUUGGGAUGAUUGAAAGAAUAAAAAACUAACACCAGAUA